AUAUGUGUUGAUGUGAAUGAUAUGAGGCCUCCAUUUGUGCAUUGAUUUCAAUGAGAAUUAAAGGAUUUGUCAAUAAAUCACAUCAUUUUGUCGUCAAUUAUAUUUACAUUUAAUUAUAUAAUUAAAUAAACAGUAAUUUUUGUCGCGAAAUGUUUGGACGCUUUCUAUCAGUGAGUCGUUUGACGGGAAAUGCAUUGAGAAUGCGAUCAAUGAAACCAAUAAUGGCGAGUCGUCUGAGCUCUGGAGGUGUGGACGCAAACCCGGGUCUCGCGGUUCCCAAACACGGCCGCAAAGAAUCGGAGGACGAGUUCGACCAAAGAUAUGUCAAUUACUUCAACCGCAAAGACAUCGAU